AUGGAUCUUGAUUCGGCGCCAGCGUCCGCAAAGCCAUCAUCGACCCCCACAGUAAGAACGGUGCCGGACCGGACGUUGAUCAAGGGCCGCGCCGACUUCCGCCCCAAAACAGCAAUCCCGCAGGAUCUGACAGCGGAGGAGUACGCAAGGCAAUGCGUCCAAGCGGCAAUUGCUAGCAGACUCCCACCACACGCCUUGCAUCCGAAUGAGUACUCUCUCCUGAAAGACCACAUCAAUCACCUGCAGGUCACGACGUAUAUCCACAUACGGAAUGGUAUCUUACGAUUGUGGCAACGGAAUCCACUCGUCAGCGUUACCAGAGAGGAAGCGGCAGGAUGUGCGAAGGAUUACCGGUUUUUUGAUGUAGCUGAGGUGGCAUAUGAGGUUCUAGUGAGGGGUGGUUAUAUCAAUUUCGGGUGCGUGGAAGUUCCGAGCACUAUACCUGCGAACCUGGGCAAUGCGAAGCGCGGGAAAACCAUUGUUGUUAUAGGGGCCGGCAUGUCAGGGCUGGGAUGUGCUAGGCAACUAGAGGGCCUGUUUACGCAGUUUGGUGACAGGUUACCCGCAGGUGAGGGGAUGCCCAAAGUCAUUGUGCUGGAAGCGAGGGGGAGACUAGGUGGGAGAAUAUAUUCGCACCCACUGAAAAGCCAGGCCGGAGUGAAUUUACCGGAAGGAAAGCGGGCGACUGCAGAUUUGGGGGCGCAAGUCAUAACUGGAUUCGAUAACGGCAAUCCCUUAGGUGUCUUGAUCCGCGGCCAAUUAGCAUUGCAUUAUCACAGCCUUAAGGACAAUUCUUCCCUGUACGAUUCCGAUGGAACCUUGGCUCCAAAGGAUCGAGAUAUGCUAGUUGAGAGACUUUACAAUGACAUUCUAGAUCGAGAGACAAUAAUUUUGGAGCCCCAUGGCUCGGAUUCGCGGCACCCGACGUUGGGUAAGACGAUGGAUUCCGUGCUUCGGCAGUAUCAGGACAUUAUUGAUAUCGCACCGCGGGACCUUCGAUUAAUCAAUUGGCAUUACGCAAACUUGGAGUAUGCUAAUGCCGCCAAUGUCGAUUUGUUAAGUCUCGGCCAUUGGGAUCAGGAUGAUGGGAAUGAUUUCAGUGGGGCACAUGCUAUGUUGCUGGGUGGUUAUACGCAGCUUCCGAGAGGAUUGUGGUUGAGUCCCAGGAAGCUGGAUCUUAGGACUAGACAUGUAGUCAAAAAGAUUUCGUAUAAUUCCAGUAAAGGAGUAGAAGGUGGUGCGCGGAUCCAAUGCGAGAAUGGGGAGACUCUUAGCGCCGAUAAAGUGGUUAUCACUGUGCCCUUGGGGGUGCUAAAGGCGGAGACGGUAACAUUUGAACCACCCCUCCCGGAGUGGAAGAGCGGAGCCAUUGAACGAUUAGGAUAUGGCCUGCUGAACAAGGUCAUUCUCGUCUAUGAUGUGCCCUUCUGGGAUGUAGAAAACGAUAUGGUUGGUCUUCUGAGGGAUCCUCUCGGUGAUCCCACAAUACAGGAGAGCUAUGAAUCUAAUAGAGGGCGUUUCUACAUGUUCUGGAACUGCACAAAGGCCAGCGGGAAGCCUACUCUAGUGGCUUUGAUGGCUGGGGAUGCCGCCACACAGACUGAGCUCGAAUCUGAUGACACAUUGAUUAAUGAGGCGACGACUGCGUUAUCAAAGAUGUACUCGGACAAGCCUGUCCCAUUACCCACAGAGACUAUUGUGACCCGUUGGCAGAAGGAUCCCUACUCUCGCGGUAGCUAUUCAUUCGUUGGAUCUGAAGCCACAGCCGAUGAUUACGACAUCAUGGCGAAGCCCGUAGGAAACUCUCUCUACUUUGCUGGCGAGGCUUCAUGUCGGGCAUAUCCAGCCACUGUUCACGGAGCAUACAUCAGUGGCCUUCAAGCUGCCAGCGAGAUAGCGGGAUCCAUACUAGGCCCAAUACAAGUUCCCUCACCCCUGAUCCCACCAAAGCCCAAGUUUCAAGGUUCGUAUAGCUCACUCUCGGGGUCCAAACGCAAAGCAGAAGACUCGGUGAUCGAGAAAGCUCGCGAACUCAAAUCUGCACGUCUAGAGGUCUAUGAGGAGCAAUUGAAGCAAGCGCUCGUCAAGGCACUCGGCGAGCGACCCACAAAGCCAGGACGCUCGGGAGCCAAUCCGUUCCUGUUAUACCAGAAAGACCACUGGUUCAUCUGUAAAGCUAAGUGUGACGAGGCACGGCGGAAGGCAACCAACAAUCCCGAGGCGAAGGCUACCAGGAAUGAAGUCCGAGCUGCUCUAGGCCAGAUGUGGAGAGAUGCGCCGGAGGACGAGAAAAGGCCGUAUCUGAAUGAGACGGAGAAUAAUAAGAGGAGCAAUGCCGCAAGUGUCACGGAGUUUAAGAGAAAACUUGCCGAGUGGGAUAAAGCGGCUGUGAAGUUUAGGAAAGAGUGGAAGGAGGCGAACCCGAGCGUGCCGAGUGAGGAUGAGGUACUAUUGGCGAGGCAGGCGGAGUUGGAGAUUGCCGAGAUCAAGCGAAGUCGAAAACUCAACGGCUUUAUCGACUCCGAUGAUGAAGGCUAUUAGGGAGGGGGGAAUCAAGAAAAAAGGGGUAUACAGUACGUUCACUAACGGCCCAGAACCAAAGCUAAAUACCCAAAAUACUUUCAUUAUCUUCUCCUUAUUCUCAUCGUAUUACCGGUACCACCUUUUCGCCUUGUCACCAAUUGGCUUCAUUCUUGCGUGUAAUUUCGGGGUUUAUUUUUCCUUUUUCGGGUUUUCCCUUUCGGUAUACUUUUGCUCUCUUUUCCUAGCUCCGGGGGCUCCCCCCCUUUCCUACCUUUAUCUGUAACAAUAGCUUGAGAUUCUGGAGGGGUUUUUGUAUUGUAUUGUAGUUUUUCUUUUCUUUUUCUUUUCUUCUCUCUUCUAUUUUCUCUUCUUUUUUUCUUCGACAUUCUGUCUUCUAUCCUGACCCUGGCGACGGAAUUCGGGAGUCGAAGAGGAAGAAGAAAGAAAUUUGGUGCAUGGUGGGAGUUGGAGGAGGGAUUGAUCGAUUGAAAAG